AUGAUGUUUCAGAGUAGUGGUAUCGGUAUCGACGGCACGACCCAUUUCUUCCAGAAACCGUGGUACAUGAGCUUGGUCAUGUUUGUUGCCAUGCUCCUAGCGCUGCCCAUGUACUAUUGUCUACGCCAGAAAAAUGAUAAGAGACCUUCCAGCACUCUGCCUGAAAGUGGAUCCUCCAAUAUCGGUCUCCGUAUGUGUUUCACGGUAUGCAUCCCUUCGAUAUUCGAUCUACUAGGAUCCUCCCUACAAGCUAUCGGUCUGGUCUACACCCCUGUCUCCGUAUACCAAAUGCUCAAGGGCAGUAUACUUCUCUUCUCUGCGCUAUUCUCGGUGCUUUUCCUCGGGCGUAAGAUGUAUCGUCAUCAUUGGGUGGGAGUCUUCCUCUGCUUAACUGCUCUCGUCUUGGUCGGAGUGUCCUCCCUCUCUUCGCGUGAGCAGCAGACCCAAGUCGUGAGCCUGCCGUUGAUGCUUCUCGGUAUCUUCAUCAUAAUAGCAGGACAAGUUGUGUGUGCUGCACAGUACGUCCUGGAGGAGUUCCUUCUCAAGCCCCCGAACGAUGUAGCCCCAAUGGCUUUAGUAGGGCUAGAGGGCUUCUGGGGAACACUUCUCAUGUGCCUAGUCUUCGUGCCGGCACUACAGCAUCUCCCAGGAUCUGACGUAGGCAAUGUUAUGGAGAACACAGAGGACUCUUUCGUGAUGCUGUCCAACUCCCCGACGUUGCUUAUCUGUACACUGGGUUUCAUCGUCUCGAUUCUCGUCUUCAACAUAUGCGGCGUCAUGGUUACCGCAGAGGCUUCGGCUAUGCAUCAUACCUUCCUGGAUGCUUCAAGGACCAUCGUCAUCUGGUUGGUAUCAGUGCUCAUGUAG